GGUCAUACAUUUCUUGUAGGGUUUCUAUUGCACACAUAAAAGAAUAAAUAAAUUUUUGUUACCAUUUAUUUUAUUUAUUUUAAGUGAUACUGUGAUAAAAUGCAAAUAAUCCUAUUGUAAUUAAAUAUUUCAACAAAAUCAUGGACGGUUUUGUACCCGAAGACAAAUAUCAAAAAUUAGCAAGUGAAUAUGCCAAGCUUAGAGCACAGGCUUCAGUUCUAAGGAAAGCUUUAUUAGAAGAGCAGGCCAAAAGUUCAACGUUAAGAGACCAACUAAAACAAAAGGAGACUACUCUAAGGCGAGCCGAACAGGAGAUCGAUUCUUUGGGAUUUCGAAACAAACAACUGGAACAUCGCGUGGCCUCUUUGCAAGAUGAUUUGGCUACAAGUGAAGCUAGAAAAAAAGAAAAAGAAUCCAAAAAGAAAGGGAACAACGAUAAAAUUGAAGCGCAACAAGUUAAUUUAAUGAGUGGACAUAAGGAUGACAUUUCCCAAGACUCUUUGAUAUUUGAAGAACUGCAGAAGAAGAUUAUGGAAAAUGCUGAAUUAACUUCACUGAUUGAUGAUAAGGAGAGAAGUUUGCAAAUGCAUUCGGAGCAUAUUAAAAGUAUGGAACAAAUGAUAGAAAAACACAACCUGGAACAUGCUGAUGUAGAAAAACGACUCCGCAAAGAAAUGGAAACCUUACAAAGUCGUAAUCAAGAAUUGGAAACCAAACUCGUGGAGGCCGCUAGUAUGUUGGGUAGUGAAGAUGCAUUGAGUGCAUCAGGCAGUGACUACACACCCUACCAUAAUAAUAACCAAAUACCACAUAGUUCACAACAGAUGAUGUCAUCUGAGUGUCGCAUAACAAAUUUGGAAAAAGAGGUGGCACAUUGGCGUUCACAGUUCGAACUGUCCAAACUAUAUACUGAUACUCUACACACAAAACCUAUUAUUGAGCCAAAUGUUCCAUUGAAUGCAAGUACAUCACCAGGAAAUAUAUUCAACUGCAGUUCGACAACAUCGGCUGCAGGCCUCACUUCUAUACCGUCAGUUGCAGAUGGUAAAAGCUCACGCGAUUCGAAAACUGAGCAAACUAUACCAACCACCAAAGAAUUGUUACUAUUUAAUAAUUUGGGGAAAAAGUUCGAAGAUCUAUUGAAGGAAAAGCUUUUAGCAGAAUCUCGACUUGCUAGUUUUGUAACAGAAGUUGACCAUUUACAAAAUUGUCUCGAAAAUGCUACGCAAGAACUUAAGGGUAAAGAUGAACAAUUGGAUAGCAUUAAUCAGGCUUUGCAUUUACUGGAAGAGGACUUGACAACAACUCGCGUUAAUUAUGAUGAACAAAUUAGUGUUUUGACCGAACAGGUCAUUAGUCUUAGUGAACAAUUGGCUGCCAGCAAAUAAAAUAAUAAAGUUCGCCUGGAUUGCCUACUCAAA